GUCAGUGUGACAUUGGUCAGACUCAGACAGGGUAAACAAUGUUGCAUGGACUGACAGUCGGCCGAGGACUGCUCUCUCAUGGGCGCUGCUUUCUACAGUGUCGACACCUCGGAUCGAACCCCGCAGCCAGGAGUGCUGCUCCAGACAGUGUGAUUUCAGCAUUCAGGUCUAUAUGUGGUGAGGAGUGCAUCUCACUAAGUGAAGCUGUCAGGAAUCAACACGGCAAGGAUGAGUCCAUACACAGAUGUCAGCCCCCAGAUGUGGUGGUGUUUCCACGAUGUGUGGAGGAGGUCAGCGCCUUGGCUAAGGUCUGCCACAACCACAACCUCCCCAUCAUUCCAUUUGGCACUGGAACGGGCUUGGAAGGAGGGGUAGGAGCAGUGAAGGGCGGCGUGUGCUUCAGUCUGAGAAACAUGGACCAGGUUCUGGAUCUCCACCAGGAAGACUUUGACGUGACGGUGGAGCCUGGUGUGACACGGAAAGCCUUGAAUAGCUACCUGCGUGACACCGGCCUCUGGUUUCCUGUUGAUCCUGGGGCGGAUGCGUCUCUGUGUGGCAUGGCGGCCACCAGCGCCUCUGGUACCAACGCGGUGCGUUAUGGAACGAUGAGGGAGAACGUUUUGAACCUGGAGGUGGUCCUGGCUGAUGGGACCGUCAUACACACAGCGGGAAAGGGCAGACGUCCCAGGAAGACUUCAGCCGGAUACAACCUGACUAACUUAUUUGUGGGGUCAGAAGGCACGUUGGGGAUCAUCACCAAGACUACUUUACGCCUGUAUGGCGUCCCAGAGGCGAUGGUGUCGGCCGUCUGCUCGUUCCCCUCCGUCCAGGCUGCUGUGGACAGCACAGUGCAGAUUCUACAGGCAGGAGUUCCCAUCGCUCGUAUUGAGUUUCUGGACGAUCUGAUGAUUGAAGCGUGUAACAGGUUCAGCUCCCUGUCAUACCCUGUGAGUCCCACUCUGUUCCUGGAGUUCCACGGCUCUGAGCAGAGCCUCAAGGAGCAGGUCCACACCACCGAGGACAUCACUCAGAGUAAUGGUGGUGCAGAUUUUCAAUGGGCUACAGACACCGAAGAUCGGAACCGGUUGUGGAAAGCUCGUCAUGACGCCUGGUAUGCUGCCCUGGCUCUCAGACCUGGCUGCAAGGCCUAUGCUACAGAUGUGUGUGUCCCUCUUUCUCGAUUGCCUCAAAUCAUCGUGGAGACAAAGGAGGACCUGAUCCAGAACAGAAUCACAGGUCCUAUAGCAGGCCAUGUGGGUGAUGGUAACUUCCACUGUCUGAUAGUGGUGGACCCCAGUGACCAGGAAGAGCAGCACAGGGUGCACCUGUUCACCGAGAGACUUGCCAGGAGAGCUCUGGCCAUGGAUGGAACAUGCACAGGGGAGCACGGUGUGGGCCUCGGGAAGAGAACCCUGCUCUGUGAGGAGAUGGGCCCUAUGGCUAUCCAGGUCAUGCAAGGACUCAAGGAUACCCUCGACCCAAAAAACCUGAUGAAUCCUGGGAAAAUUCUGCUGCCUAUCGAGCUAUGAGCACUGCUCAUGUCUAAGAGGAAAGCCACUGAACAUGAAGCUCCUCAUCAUGACCUGCUCACUCUUCAUCACUUGAUCAAAGGUUGGUGUCAGAGGGAAACCUCCUCUGAAUAGUGUUCAGUGUUUCCUUUCAAACAGGCCUUCUGGUUCUGAUAUAACCGACAGGGAUCACUCCAGUAUUCAAAACACAAACCAGAAUGUUUAAUGUAGACUCCAUUGUGGCAAAAAAUCAUUGCUGUCUCGUUUCAGUGCUGGCUAUUUAUUGUUAAACACUCUCCAACCUGUUUUAAUUGUGUGACCUGCUUACAGAAGUCUAAACCUGUUCUUUAAAAAACAAAAUAAAACACCCAGAGCAA